UGACUGAGACUCCUGCCGCCACUUUCGCCACUUUCGCCAGCUCCUCAGCUCACAAAAGGUCAGGCGCUGCCUUCCUGCUUCAGCCGACUUUGUACUGCCAUGGCCGCUUCUGUUUCACAGCUUGAACAGACUUACCUGUCGGAGUCUAAUGCUGCCCUCAACUCUCAGAUCCAGUUGCAGCUGUAUGGCAGUUACAUCUACCUCUCCAUGGCCUCGUUCUGCAAUAAAGAGGAGGUGGCCCUGGGGUCGUUCGCGCUCUUCUUCCUGCGUCAGUCCCAGAAGUGGAUGGAACGCACCGAGAUGAUCUUCAACCUGCUGACCGAGCGCCAGGGCUCCCUAACCCUCGGGAGAAUUGCCAAUCAAGACCGCCAGGACUGGCUGGAUGGCCUCAUGGCCAUGGAGUGCGCUUUCCAUCUGGAGAAGACAAUCAACCAGAGCCUUCUGCAGCUGUACAACCUGGCUAGCAACAAAGGCGACCUCUACCUGUGCAACUUCUUGAAGUGCCAUUUUCUGCCACAGCAGGUAGAAAUCCUCAAGGAGAUGGGUGGCUACUUGACCAACCUUCGCCGGCUGGGGGCUCCAGAAAAUAACAACGCCGAGAAGCUCUUCGACCAACUCACCAUGGCAAACAGCAUCAAGGAGAACUGAAGUGGGACUAUCCCCGCUAAGGGUGGGGUCUUCCUCAGCUCUUCAGGCAAGAUGCUCACAUUAUAUUUCUAGAAACUUCCCUAGUCUUUCUGUUUGGCAUUCUAUGCAAUAAAUUUGUUUCUAAGCA